AUGAUUCCCUCGUCGCCAAAUUUCCUCUCAUCUUUCGAUCCUGCCCUACAUCUCCACUCCGAAGACCCUACCAACGCCCCCAAUCUUCCUUCCGAGUCCUUCUCCGACGACAUCGAGGCAAUCCACCUCCAUCGCCUUGAACAGACCCGCAAUAAAGUCGUGAUUCAACACCGGGCCUGGAAUUUGUCCGAUGUGUUUCGAAGUGACGACGAUAUAACACCAGAUACGCCGACGAAAGAUUACGCUAGAACACCGCGCCGAAACGCGCAGACCCGGGCCCAAAGUCUAUCAUUCCUUCCGUCAUCGCCUCCAGUCUCGAAUAUGCCAUUCAUAACACCUGCCGCUGCUGCUGUGCUGGCCGACUCGGACGGCAAUGCGCAGAAGCGAAAAGCCACCGAUCUUGAAGAGAACCCAUCGCAAGCCGAACCCAAGCGACCAAAGUUCCUAGGAGGAUUUGUGGACGAUGACGAUUCUGAGGAAGAUGACGAUGUCGCUGCGAUGCGAGAUGAGCAGCUCAAGAGCCAAUUUGAGCUACAAGAGAAUCCCGAGCCAUUGCCGUCAAACCUUCCUCGCAUACUAGAAGAACCGCAGAACCUGGGCAUUUUCGCUUCACAAAAUGACGACACGCCUACAAUCUCAAGAAUACAUGCCGAAAUUGCAUCUCGUCCGGCUCCAACACCGUCGAACAAGAUCCAGAUCAAAACGUGCCACGGGAAAACACAUAGUAUCCCUCUCCGCGAAGCCAGUGCUCCCGUUUCUUACGAGCGUAUGAUCGCAAGCCGCUCUGAGACCGACCCUGGACGGGCCAAGAGGAGUUACUACGGAAUUGAGAUUCACAAAUUGAUGGACGAGGCUGCGAAGGAAACAAAGGCCGCCAAGGCAGCGCCUCGACCUCCGGUGCAAGAGUCCAUUAAAAGGACAGAAGGAGACGCAAAGCAAAAUAAGAUCGACUCAAUGAUGUGGACAGAAAAGUACCGUGCUCGCAAGUUCACCGACUUGAUUGGUGACGAGCGUACACACCGUGCGGUGCUCCGUUGGUUGAAGGGGUGGGAGCCAAUUGUCUUCCCCGGCUUGGCCAAGUCCUCCCGAUCUAAGAAGGCUGGUCAGGAGGACGAGGAUGAGGAGCGUAUGCACCGCAAGGUUCUCUUGCUCAGUGGACCCCCCGGUCUCGGCAAGACUACAUUGGCACAUGUAUGUGCUAAACAGGCAGGCUACGAGGUCCUCGAAAUCAACGCCAGUGACGAGCGCAGCAGAGAUGUGGUUAAGGGCCGCAUCCGCGAUGCGCUAGGCACGGAGAAUGUCAAAGGUGCCAACGUUGAGGUUGGUGAAAACAAGGUCCGCCGGGCUGCCAAGCCAGUCUGCGUCGUGGUCGACGAGGUCGAUGGCGUUGUUGGAGGAGCUGGUAGUGGCGGUGAAGGUGGUUUUAUGAAAGCAUUGAUUGACUUGGUCAUGCUAGACCAACGAAAUGCUCGAUAUGCCUCUGAGCACGGCGGCAAGUCCAGCAAGAAGCGCAAGGGUGAUAACUUCCGGUUCCUGCGGCCGUUGAUUCUUGUUUGCAAUGAUCUAUAUCAUCCCAGUCUUCGUCCUCUGCGAGCUUCGACGAUUGCGGAGAUGAUUCACGUACGACAAGCACCAUUGGAGAAUGUUAUUCAGCGCGUGAAGAGCAUUUUCAGCCGAGAAGGUAUCCCGUGUGAUGGUGAUGGAGCCCGAAGGCUCUGCGAAGCGGCUUGGGGAUUAGAACCUCGAAGGAAACGUGGUUCAAAGAAUAAUGGGUCCGCCGAGGGUGAUAUUCGAAGCGUGCUUGUUGCCGCCGAAUGGGUGGCACAUAAGCUCCGGAAUGAAAGCUCUUCAUCGUUGAGGCUAACUCGAAAUUGGUUGGAGUCACGAGUUCUUAGUGCGUCCACCGAAGGCGGCUCUUUUUUCAAGGAAAUGAGUCGUGGAGGAGUUCGUGAGAUCGUGAAUCGAGUCUUUGCCGAGGGGGCUGGGUUCACCGAUGCUCCGACUGGCAUGUCUUUCCAGGACAAAUUUGACAACAACAAUAGUCGCGUUCCAGUUGGAGUUGCGGAUUUGCGUAAACGACACGCUAUCAAUCGUCUGCGAGAGAUGGUCGAUGCUAGUGGCGAGCAUGACCGAUGUGUCACCGACUGUUUUGCUGCAUACCCCAACCAGCAAUACCGAGAUGAUAAUUUUCUCUCGAAACCGACUGCCGCUUACGAUUGGCUUCAUUUCCAUGACUCGAUUUCUUCGAGGGUGCACCAGUCUCAGGAAUGGGAAUUAGGUCCCUAUCUGAGCCAGUCCACGCUCGCAUUUCACCAUCUCUUCGCCUCGGCUGCCGGUAAGAUCGAGGCGAAUGAUCGUGACAACGAGGAUGAGAAUGCCGAAGAAGAGCAUCCUUUCUCGGGGCCCAAGGCAGAUUUCCUCGUCUUCGAGGCACAAAAGGAGAACCGCUCUAUUCUGAACGGAUUCCACUCAUCCUUAUCGGCACCUAUGGUCCGCAUGUUCCGAUCCGCAGAUAGCGUUGUCACUGAUCUCAUCCCGCAUUUGAUUCGAAUGCUGUCACCGGAUGUCAAACCUGUCAUUGUGCGUGGCGGCGGUGAGCAGAGGAGUACAGCUAGCGUCCGCAAGGAGAGUGAGCGUGCACUCGUCCAGUCGGCGGUGCGAGUCAUGUCCGGUAUGGGUGUCACGUUCGAGAAAGUCCGAGUGGAGCAUGAAGGCGGAAGCCAUGGUGGAUGGGCCUACAGAAUGGAGCCAUCCCUUGAUUCUCUGGUGGCAUUUUCCAAAAUGUCAGGUAUUUCUUCGGCAUUGGGCAAUGCGCCGGUCCGCUACGCAGUUCGACAAGUCCUGGACCAGGAGUAUCGUAAAGAGAUUUUGCGCAAGCAAUCAGAUGCGAAGAAUGCCGCCAGCGGUAAAUCUCUCCACGGUCAAUCCGGAAAAGAUCAACAAGGUGGCCCUGCCCACAUGGUUACUAGAGAUGCCGCGCUUAAACGCGAUUUCUUCGGACGAGUCAUUCAAGAGCCCGUCCGAGAGGCCAAGGACACCGAGAAUGGCAACCCAUCAGACGAAACUUCCAAGGCAGGCCGAAAAGUGUGGGUUACUUAUCAUGAAGGUUUCUCGAAUGCGGUGCGCAAACCAAUCUCGAUGGGAGAGUUGUUGGCAGGCCUGUGA